CAGUCUUGGAGCACAGCAAUCACAGAGGAAGAGAGUGGGAGGGGCACACACACACACGCACACACUGACACACACACACACACAUACAUGCAUGCACAUACUUGGUAUAGUGAGCUUGUCAGUGCCGGAUGCUGCCGUUGCCUCAGCAGCUGGAUGUACAAGUGUGUCAGCUCGGAGAACAGGACUGCCUACAGAGUUUGUCUUGCAUUUUCUUGUUUUGGAUCUGUGUGUGUGUUUGUGUGUGUGUGUGAUAGCGUUAAAGGCGGAGUGUAUUUUCUUUAUAGGAAUGGUGUCAGUGGGUCUUUAGCACGCCUAGACGAUACCAAGGUGUGUGUGUGUGUCAGCAGGAGUGAAGGAGCAGGAAUGAUUUGACCACAGGGAUCCAGAAGCGAAUUAUUGACUCUGACUCAGGGAGUGUUUCCAUACUGGAGAGCGAUGGACUGUGAGCAGUUCUAAAGAGAAGGAAUAUAGAUGUAAUGUUACCAGACGACGUGAUGACAGAGCCCCUUUAGGGGCUUCAGGACUGCCCCGGGAUGGGGAACAGCAUCCAGAAGAAGAAGAAGAAGAAGAAGGCAGAGACAGAGAUAAACUUCUCUGCACCCCCCACCCCGAACCCUGUCCAGGGAAAAGCAAAAGACUCCUGGCGGUUUGGACGUCAAGAGAAACUGAAAACAGCUGGCCCCAAAGGAAAUGAAGAGCAGAAGAGGUUGGCUGUCCACUACAAGACCUCACAGCACCACCAGGAGAAUGUUUUCAUCGAGGGCUGCAGACCACAGUACCUGGAGGACCUGCACACUGAGGCUCAGGAGGGACUGAAGAUAUUACAGCAGGAAGAGCACAAAAAUGGAGGGAACUUUGCUGACAAUGAAAGCAUUUCUUCCGCAGAUACCCUCCGUCCAGAGCAGGAUAUCAGCUCCAAGGACGGAGGUGGCUCUUCGGAGUCAAGAGCCACUACCGGGAAUACUGAUACCACAGUAACCUCUUCUGUGUCGACGAGGCCUAUGCUCACCCGCCAAGGUUCUACCUUUAAGCCCCUGAAUCCAGUGAAACGAUUAGAUAAGAGCAGGAAGAGAAGCAGGAGGACCACCAUCAUGGGUAUUCCCAACCAGGUCCAGAAAGAGCUUGCACUGCACAGAAGCUCCACCUUCCAGCCCCUUGUUUCUGUACAGCUCACUAAUCAUGAUGGGCAGGUCACUGACAGCCAAUCAGGUGUUGUUAUCAUUCCGACGGUUGAUGGAUCGAAUCUGGCAGCAAAUAAAGAAGGAGCGAGAGUGCACCUUUCGGAGUUGGAGGCCUCCAGAGAUGAACUGCUGUUUAGGAAGCAUCUUCAGGCUAUGUACCAGGAUGAGCAUUCCCUCAACCACCAGGGCUCCCAUCUCUACCCCACGUCUGCUUUGAGACCCAAGUCCCUUGCAGUACCUCACAUGACCCAUUCCUCCUCCUUCUGUCCUUCAACAAUGUUCAGCUUGCUCCAGGAACCCCAGGGUCCAGUGAUGUCCAUAUCUCCUCAGGCCACGUAUUUGUCUACAAUCAUCCCUAAUGCGGUCUUGCCAGCCUCGGUUGAUGUCAUAGAGAUAGACCGCAGCAUCAGUCGGGCCCGUUGCAGCAGUGUCCUCCAUGGUGGUAGCAUAUGCACUGUAAGCAGAAGCAGCCUCGCAUCCAGAGAGUCAUCAGUCAGCCCUUUGUUAUCCAGAAGAUCGGAUGGUGAUGGUUUCCAGACUGACCAUUCCCUCAACGACUCCACACAGAUGACCAUGUUGACUUCAGGGUCAAACUGGAGCAUGUCACAGUCUUCAAAGACCAUGAUUUCCAACUCCUCCCCUAUAUCCUCAAAGGGGAGCACGCACAGUGAUAACUACCAUAGAGUGUGUCAUAAUGGACAGGAAAGCCACCAACAGCACUCUGGUGGAGAUCAAGACCAUGUCAGUCUGUGUAGCUCACUUAGCGGGAUUAUCAGCAUCAAUAGUAAAAGUGAAAGUCUUGUUACAGUUCAAGGAUCAGAGUCUGGUGUAUCAGGCUCAGUUACUGCUGGGGAGGAUGCAAAGAACAAGCGUAAUUUCAUUCGUAAUCUUUCAGUUAUGAAAACCAAGCAACCCCCAGCACCUCCACAGAGAACAAACUCUCUCCAUAGUAACAAGAUCAAGAGCAGCUCCAGGUUUCUUGUGGAAAGUAAAGAUCUUAAUGACUCAUUGUCCGGAGAGGUGGAAACUGCUACAGAAAACAAUGUAGCAAAUGAUGAGAUGAAAUUGGUCUCUCGUGCCAGUAAGAUCACCACUGUUCUAUCGAACUCUACUGGGUCCAGCUCUCUAGAUGUUUCUUCAAGUUCUCUGAGCCCCACACAGAUCUCUUCUAAAGAGAUUGAAGGGCCACCAGAGCCACAGUCAGAAUCCAGGAGCUCCUCCCCACAGAAAGCUCCCACAGAAAUCGGGAAAUUUGAACGGACCAUGUCCCCUUCCAGUGGGUACUCCAGCCAGAGUGGAACUCCAACGCUUUCCCCUAAAGGUAUCUCUCCAACCUCCCCUGAGAAACAGAAGAAACCCAUUAAACCCGAGAGAUCAAUGUCCAGGGCUUCAUCCUCAGCAGCUUCGCCUUCCUCCUCUCUCACAUCUCUAUCAUCCGGUACAUCUGAGCCAGUACAUCCCGAUGUAUCCACAAGUAGCCAAAAUAUUCCUCCAAAGGGAACUUCACCCACAAAUGACCUCGCACCAAAUAACAAUUCAUCAAAUUUGAGAGUAGAAUUCAGUGAGUUGUUGAACAUCCCACCACCUCCCAAAGUCAAAGCACCAUGCCCUCCUCCUCCAGAGACAUGGGUACACAACAGACGGACCGUUGAGCUCCUGUGUGGGUCCAACUCCAGUGUAAGCAAAGACACCCACAAACCCCCAACGAUACUGGACAGCACAGUUAAACAGGUAGGAACCCAGAAUAAACCCAGAAAGGAGAUCCAAGUUUUAGUUGAAAAACAGACAGCUAUAGUCCCACCUGUCUUGGAACUAUCAGAAAGUGAUGCAAAGCCUGAGACAUUGUUAGCAACAGAUCCCGAAGAUGUCCACAAGGAGCAAGAGAAGGGGGAAUGUCCAGGUGCUGAAAAAGACAGAGUAGAAUCAAGUGCAGAUGUUCAGAGACAAGAGCAGAGUAGUAGCACCGUAGUGAAGAGCGCCAAGAAUCAGGAGACAACUCCGAAGAAAGAUCCCCCUCCUGUGAUGAAGAAACCCUCGACAAUAUUGCAAAGAGAGGAACUGCUGUCAACAGAGCAGGUAGAGAGGCAACAAGGGGAAAUGAGUAGUACCCCGAUAGAAGUUGAUUUGGCUGAUGAGAAACUUGCCACCUCCUCACAGAAUGGGAUAACGGAUAUAGUUGAGAAGAGUGAUAAUGAGACAGACAGAAAUGAGGUCCCAUCCCUGCAGACACUUUCUGCAGAAGACCCCAAAGUUAAUACGGUCUCACCACCACAUACCCCUCCCCCACCAUACCACCCCAAACCGCCUCCCUCAAGAAAAACCCCACCCUCAUCAGUGUCUAUGCCACCAGGCGAAUUCCAGAGGGUACAGGAGGAGAUCCAAGCUGUUGAGUCUUGCUGGCCGCCUCCUCCACCUCCUUUGGAAGGGGACUCAGUCUUUGAAGGAGGAGAUGAGGUAGAUUUUCCUCCUCCGCCGCCACCAUUUGUAACAGAUGUGCAAGAUGUGAUGGACAGUUGUGUCAAAAAGCUGGACAUCCUUAAUGAGUCGACCAUGGCUGCUGAGGAAGUUGGAGAGACAAACAAAGAUUCAAGCCAAGAUGGGACAUCAGUACAGGGAGAAAGUUCAGAUUUGCCUGUUGCUGUUGCACAAUCAGCAGUAGAAGAAAGCAAACCAGAGGUUGUUGUGCAACUUUCAGAAUCUAACAGUGUUCAAGAGAUUUCUUGCAAACCAGUGCAGGACAUUUCAUCUGUUUCAGAUAGUGCCCCACAUGCCCCAGUGGAGGCACCUCCUUUACCACCAAUUACAAGAGCAGAGAACACUGUAUCAGUCUCGGCUUUAGUUCCCUCCAGCACUUUUCUGAGGCGAGACUCUCUUAAAAUUGAAGAUCAGUCUUCCUGUGGGCCACCCGUCAGUGUCCAAACUCCCAUUAUAGUCCCAGUAGCACCUCCUCUACCAGCAGAAAAUAAAACCCAUGGAGUUAAUUUCAGGAGGCAGCCCAGUGCAGCAAACCGGGACACCAGGAGCAAGGAGUUACUUUCCCGCCACAAAAGUGCACCCAUUCCUAAAGAGGAUGCAAAUAUACCACUGGUCACCCCCUCCCUGCUUCAGAUGGUUCGCCUCAGAACAGUCGACAUGACUGAAGAUCAGGUAAACACUUCCUCUGAGGACAAACUGACAAACCAGGGAGCUCCAGUUCAGGAGAGUUGCCAAGUCUCAAUCCCAGGACAUCAAAAUAUUCCACAAAAGCCCAUUCGCAAGUCUCUGUCUCUAAAAUCUCCAAUUCAUACAGUAAAAACUCCCUCUGUGACAUUAAACAGCCCUUCCAUGCGCUUACAGGAAGCCAUACGAAUGAAAACCGCAGCAAUGUCGUCAAGGGAUUGUCUUCCAUCCAGACUGGGUGUGAGAUCACCUACAUACAGCUGUGUGAGUAAACCAGGAGCUGUGUCUGUCAAGUCACCUGAAGGAAACGACAUAAACAUGUCCCCAGCCUCUACAGCCAGCUUCAUCUUCUCCAGGAGCACCAAAAAGGUUGUCAUUGAGACUACAGCUGCCACCUCGUCUGAAGCACAGGCAAGUCUGAAGCAAAGCUUAGCGGCCGAGCUCAUGCAGAUGUCUGACCAAUCAAGAGCUGCCACUUUCUCCAAUGGUGGGGUGAAGUGUGACAAAGUCCCCCCACCGGUCGCAAAGAAGCCAGCGCAUGGCAGCAUCAGUCCUUCACAGCACUAUCCCACCUGUUCAGGCAGGAUAGAGUACAGUGUCGAAGGAAGUGGAGCAAUCGGAGGAGCACAACAGACGAGCGGGAUAACGCCCCCUGAGACAACAACUACAAGAGUGACGGCAGACACAAUUGAGACACUGUUUUGAAAAAAGAUCUCUGUGGUGAUGAAGCGAGGACCAGACUCGUGCCAGAGGAACAAGAAAAAACCUUCAAGAAAGUGAAAGGACAACUCACAUCGACGACUGACUGACAGUACUGAAAGAAGUUAAGCUUUACUCUCGUCCGAGUGUUGUCAUGUGUUAAGUAUUCUCCAAAAGCCUUAGCCUAUAAAAUGGCCUUCCUAUAUUUAUGCAAAAAAAUAAGUUGCUCCCAAUUUCUAUGCCAGCUUUAUUCUGGAGUAUUUUUCUACACUAUAGUUUAUCUCUUAUUAAGGCCCCUCAGGAUGAAAUGGUGUACAAUGGCUGAGCUGUAAAUAUUUGGCUUGUGUGAGAUCACCUCCUAGAGGUUGGAUUAGGUAGUGGUCACUGCAGCUCAAGAGUUUGAACCAGAAAGCAUUUCUGUACUCAAGUUUAGUGUCUUUAGUGUUUCCCUUUUGUAAUAUAGUACAGAUUUUCAUGGUGAUUAAAGCUGACAAUGAGAUCCACUAUGAGACUAAUCAGCAUUUAUCACCUUCUUUGCUUAAAGAUCUGAGAACAGGCAAAUUAUGAUAUUCAGUUUUUCUCCUGGCUUUCACUGUGUAGACAGAUCUGAAAUAGGAUCUGCAAAAAAAAGGGAUUGCUGCAUACUCAUAAGAACGAGGGAGACGUUUACUCAGUUAGGACGGCAACAUUUUUGUAAAGCUACAGAUUAUAAACCAUGAAGACUUAACACAGACUUAGGCUUCUACACAAUCUCUUUCUUUAGAUAUAGUGAGGGUGAAUACGCCUCAUUCUGACAUUUUUUUGGAAGCAGUAACACAAGCAAACUAUUUAUUUAUGUGUGGUUGUUUCCACUUGUAGCACUGUCUGACACCUUUUCCUACCAAAUAUGAAAUAUUUAAGAAUUUAUGUCAUCUGAUUAAACACUUAUAGGGCUAUGGAUUCGAUGAAUGGCCCCAGAUGAUUUGAUACACUGGAGUAGGCCAAGUGUUAGGUCAGUUUUUUUGUUUAUUAAAUGUUCUCUAUCGAAAUCUUUGGCCCAGGCCUUUUUUAUGGAAAAGUGGAACUCGUUACUAUUUGCACAAAAUGCUUUCCCCCAGCAAAAUCAUCAUUGUGUGGAUUAUCCUGACUCUUCUUAAUGGGCCAAAAAUAAAAAUCAACAUUUUGAUGAUUAUAAAGAAUUAUGUACAGUUAAUACUUCUAUAAAUAAAAAUCUAAGUGUAUUGUA